UGUGGAAACUGAUACAUUCAACUUCAAGAUGGAUGUUCCUCAAAAAUCCUGUACUAGGCGUGGAAUGUUGUCAAUAUCAAGCUCUAUUUACGAUCCUUUGGGAUUUCUUGCACCAGUCCUGCUGCCUGCCAAAAGAAUGCAGCAGGAGCUUUGCAAAAGGAAACUGGGAUGGGAUGAACCAAUACCCCAAACCAUGUUGCAAAAGUGGAAAAGUUGGCUCAGUGAUUUGCAAACGCUUUCCCAUUUCAAGGUUAAAAGGUGUAUACAACCAAGAGAGUUUGGACCUGUCUCACAUGCACAGCUACACCAUUUCUCAGAUGCUGGUGAAUCUGGAUAUGGAACUGUGUCAUAUCUGCGCAUGCAAGACAAUAGGAAAUCCAUCCACGUAGCAUUCUUGAUGGGCAAGGCAAGGGUAACACCUCUAAAACCUGUCACUAUUCCACGUCUGGAACUAACAGCCGCUGUAGUUGCCGUCCGAGUGGAUCUCAUGUUAAGGGCUCAGUUGAGAAUGAAACUCGAGCAAUCCGUAUUUUGGACAGAUAGUACAUCUGUACUCAAAUAUAUAAUGAAUGAGGAUAAACGAUUCCUUACCUUUGUGGCAAACAGAGUCUCAUUCAUUACAACUGCAACUAAACAAUCACAAUGGAGAUAUGUAGGCUCAAAGGAAAAUCCAGCAGAUGGUGCUACAAGAGGGCUCAAGGCUGGGAACAUUGUUCAUAGCAGUCGCUGGAUCGAAGGACCAAGCUUUCUGCAGAAGCCAGAAAGUGAUUGGCCAACCAAUCUAAUGGAAUGCUCCUUAGAACCAGAGGACCCUGAAGUCAAAAGUGAGGCCACAGUGAAUGUUACUCGCGUAAAAGACCUGCUUGAUGCUACAUGUCAAUUGAUAGUGUACUUCUCAGACUGGAGAAGGCUCAAGGUUGCUGUUGCUUGGUUCCUUAGACUGAAGGCAAUCCUUUGUUCAAUGAGAGACAAGAAGAGAAGACCGCAACCUAACUUGGAUAACCCAAUUCGUAAAGGUACUACAAAGGAGAAAGUAAAGAAACCACAGCUGUAUAGACUAUCUUCAAAGGAUCUUCUGGAAGCUGAGCUUGCCAUUAUUAGAUUUUGCCAGCAACAAAGAUUUGGAGAGGAGAUUGCUGCGUUGUCAAGUGGGAAAGGUUCUCCACACCAGAAACGCUCUGUGCGGAUAGCAAAGUCUGUGCUGUGGGAGUGUCUGGAAACCUCGCACUGGUCCCCAGGGACACGGCAAACUUGUAAGCCCUAG